AAAGACUAUAUAUGCAUCUACCUAGCUAAUUAGCUUCUCCUCAGUUCACUUUCAAGCAUGCAUCAUGCUACAAUAAGGCCCAAAUUUUUGUUCACAUAUAUAUAGAUGUAUGUCAAUCAGUGUCACAAUCAAGUUAGAACCCUAAUAUCUAACCCAUGAUUUCAUGCUGUGUUCAGCGAAUGGCAAGACCAUGAGCUCGGGAAGAAGAUCAAGAGGGAGUCGGCGGCUGCGGAACACAUGCCGUCGGCGCGGAGGAGCUGUAGCCUGCUGCCAGCGGGGGCGGGGGCCGCGGCAGGAGCCGGGCCAGGGUCGGCGCUGAACGCAAUCACGCCGUGCGCGGCGUGCAAGCUGCUCCGGCGACGGUGCGCGCAGGAGUGCCCCUUCUCGCCCUACUUCACGCCGCUGGAGCCGCACAAAUUCGCCGCCGUGCACAAGGUCUUCGGCGCCAGCAACGUCUCCAAGAUGCUCUUGGAGGUGCACGAGAGCCAGCGUGCCGACGCGGCGAACAGCCUUGUCUACGAGGCGAACCUGCGGCUCCGGGACCCCGUCUACGGCUGCAUGGGUGCCAUCCUCACCCUGCAGCAGCAGGCGCAGGCCCUCGAGGCCGAGCUCGCCGCCGUCAGGGCCGAGAUCGUCAGGCACAGGUACCGCCCGGCCGCGGCCGCCACGUCUGCAGUGGCCACCGUUCUCCCCUCGUCGCACGCCACCCAGCUCCUCGCGGCCUCGGCGGCUGGCCGGAGGCUUCCAGCUGCCAGGUCCGUGGGGGCGAGGACGGUGACGUUAGCGGCGGCCGCCGUGGGGCCUGCGGCUUCGCCCUCGUCGUCUUCGACGGUGUACGCCGCCGCGUCGAGCUCAACGGACUAUAGCUCCAUCACGAAUGAGAACGUUCCCUAUUUUGGUUAAGGUAGUAGUCGUUGAUACUGGAGUUUUAUUUGGCAUAACUUCUUGUCGUAGAUUCUAAAGGAUUUGUAGAAACUAUGUCAAAUGACAGUAUUCUGUAGCAAAUUAU